AUGUCACAACAUAACAAUGCUUUUAAUCAAAAAAAGAAAGCCAUUUUAGAUGAAAUCAAUUCAUUGCAACCUGAUUUAUCUCCUAAAGGUACAAUCGACGAGUUAUGUCUUCCAAUUAUGCACUUGAUUAAUUCACAUGAUGAUAUGGUCACUACAUCUUCUUGUUCGGGCAGGAUAAGUGUGUUUGCAGAGGGAUCCAAAAUGCACAAUGGUCUUCAGAAGGUAGGAGGUAAAGGAGAAGGUGGUAAAUGGUUAUUUGUUUCUCAUGAUAAUAACAAUGUAAUUGGAUGGCUGGAAACAAUUAGCAAAGAGGGAAUCAACUUUGUAGAGACCAAUAUUGAUGAUUCUACAAACCACUUAGAUGGCGGCAAUAGAUUUAUCCUAUAUAAAUAUGAACCGUUCAUUUUACAUGUUAAAUGUAGAGAUUUUGAGAUGGCUUCAAAAUUAUACAAUGUCGCUAUGGCAUGUGGAUUUAGAGAAAGUGGUAUCGGAUCUAAUAAUUUGGUUGCUAUCCGAAUUAAUAUAAAAUUGGAUGUACCAAUUGGUUACAUUGAUGAAAAUACAAAUGAUUUAAAAUUAUUUGUACCGAAAGAUUAUAUCCUGCUCUUAGACAGAUUAACGUUAAGUAAAUUUGAGGAAAAUAGUAGGAAAAUGCAAGAAUUAUAUGAUAGAAUUAGAGUUGAAAUUAUUGAAGUUCCAAAAUCCGAAAGUUCAAAAGUUGAAACAAAGGAAGAACGUAGAGAAAGGAAAAUGAGAGAAGGAUUAGCAAAACAGCGUAUAGCUCAAGAACAAAAAAUGAGGAACUUAUCAAUUGAGAAGGAAAUUAUAGAUUAA